AUGGAACUAGCAUAUGAGAAUGAAGUUACAAAAAAAAUUGUUUAUAAAAUAUUAAACAAUAUGAACUGUAAAAAUGAUAUGACAUUAGAAAGGAUGCAGCACAACAGGAACAAAAUAGUAAAAUACUUUUUCGAAGCAGAACUGUUAUUCAAAUAUUAUGACAUCAAAAAGACGGGAGAGAUAGAUAUAAGUUUAUUUCCCCCAAUGGCAAGAACAUUAAAACAGAUAUACGAUGCCGAAGAUAUUAAAAAAUUUGAAAAAGAAAUGAAUGUUAAAAAAAUGAAUAAAAUGACAUUACCUAUCUUUUUAACUUUAUUAAAAAGGAAAUUAUUUCAAGUAAUCGAUUUUGAUGAAACUUUUCAAAAACAUUUUAAUAUCCUUGAUAUGGAAAAAAAACAAAAUAUCAACCUCGAGAGAUUAAAAACUUUUGUUGGAGCCAUAGGUGAUAAAUUAAGUCCUGAACAGUUUGAUUUUUUUAUAAAAUAUAACAUAAAAAAUAAUGAUAAAAUUAUUAAAGACGGUAUUAUUUUUGAUAAAAAUAACAACCCUACAAAUGUUCCCUUUGAUGCAUAUAAAGAAAUGCUAACUUUUUACAAGUCGUUUUGA